CUUCCCCUCCCAGCGCGCCCGCGCGCCCCGCGGCCCUCGGCGAGCAGCUCGGCUCCCCCCAGCGCUCCCCGGGCCCAAAGAUAUGGCAAUGGUAGUUAGCAGCUGGCGAGAUCCGCAGGACGACGUGGGGGGCAACCCCGGCGGCCCCAACCCCGCAGCGCAGGCAGCCCGCGGCGGCGGCGGCGGCGAGCAGCAGCAAGCGGGCUCCGGUGCGCCGCACACGCCGCAGACCCCGGGCCAGCCCGGAGCGCCCGCCACCCCCGGCACGGCGGGGGACAAGGGCCAGGGCCCGCCCGGUUCGGGCCAGAGCCAGCAGCACAUCGAGUGCGUGGUGUGCGGGGACAAGUCGAGCGGCAAGCACUACGGCCAAUUCACCUGCGAGGGCUGCAAAAGUUUCUUCAAGAGGAGCGUCCGCAGGAACUUAACUUACACAUGCCGUGCCAACAGGAACUGUCCCAUCGACCAGCACCAUCGCAACCAGUGCCAAUACUGCCGCCUCAAGAAGUGCCUCAAAGUGGGCAUGAGGCGGGAAGCGGUUCAGCGAGGAAGAAUGCCUCCAACCCAGCCCAAUCCAGGCCAGUACGCACUCACAAACGGGGACCCCCUCAAUGGCCACUGCUACCUGUCCGGCUACAUCUCGCUGCUGCUGCGCGCAGAGCCCUACCCCACGUCUCGUUAUGGCAGCCAGUGCAUGCAGCCCAACAACAUCAUGGGCAUCGAGAACAUCUGCGAGCUGGCCGCGCGCCUCCUCUUCAGCGCCGUCGAGUGGGCCCGCAACAUCCCCUUCUUCCCGGAUCUGCAGAUCACCGACCAGGUGUCUCUGUUACGCCUCACCUGGAGCGAGCUGUUCGUGCUCAACGCGGCCCAGUGCUCCAUGCCCCUGCACGUGGCGCCGCUGCUGGCCGCUGCGGGCCUCCACGCUUCGCCCAUGUCCGCGGACCGCGUCGUGGCCUUCAUGGACCACAUCCGCAUCUUUCAGGAACAGGUGGAGAAGCUCAAGGCGCUGCACGUCGACUCUGCCGAGUACAGCUGCCUCAAAGCCAUCGUGCUGUUCACGUCAGAUGCCUGUGGCCUGUCGGAUGCUGCCCACAUCGAAAGCCUGCAGGAAAAAUCGCAGUGUGCACUGGAGGAAUAUGUGAGGAGCCAAUACCCCAACCAGCCCAGCCGCUUUGGCAAGCUGCUGCUGCGAUUACCCUCUCUUCGCACAGUGUCCUCCUCGGUCAUCGAGCAGCUCUUCUUCGUCCGUUUGGUAGGUAAAACCCCCAUCGAAACUCUCAUCCGAGAUAUGCUGCUGUCGGGGAGCAGUUUCAACUGGCCUUACAUGUCCAUCCAAUGCUCCUAGACCUGGGGGGUUUCCACCCGCCCCUGUACCCCAACCCCUAGAGACUAAGAGGACUCACCAAGACCAAGGACUCAAAAGCCUUGGGGAUGUGGUAUGAUGGACCAGGCAGGCCAGGCAGAGGGGAGGAGGGCUGGGGACAAGAGCAGCCUACGCUGCAGGAAUGCAGUCUGAGCUGAGAACUAGGAGGGAAAAAAGACUUAUUUAGGGUCUGAUGUAUAAUGUAAGUACAUUGGAGAGGAAAGAAAAGCACCUCGUGUCUGGUGAAAAAAUGAAAACAAAUUUUUCGAAGAGAGGACCAUGAGAAAUUUAAUAAAAUAGAAGGACUCUAAUGGACCUUCCAGGAUUUAUUGUGGAUGGAUGUGGAUAUAUUCUGUACAGAAAACAACUCAUAUGGAAGUGGACUGAAUCCUAUGUAGAAACACACACACUGAACAUUGUUAUUCAUUUUGUAAAAUACUAGUCUUUAUUUUCAUUUUUUUGUAAAAUUUAAACAUCGUAUGCGCAUAAAGAAAAAGGAACAAGAUUAGGGGAAAUAACAUUUUCCCAAUAAUUAUAAAAAUGUCCUGUGUCUAUCUAUCUCUAUCUGUUUUGUAUUUUUUCUGGUUCCAAACCAGAUUUCCUGUGAUUCUAUACUAAUAAUUUUUGAUAUAACCCUUUGCUUCUUAUAAUGAGUGCGAUAUAUGUUGUCAAGGCUGUUCUUCAAGAAUUAAAAUUGAAGUGAAAAUUUAAACAAAAAUAAAAGAAUUUAGCAAAA